AAAUUCCAAAUGAGCGUUAAUUGAGCUAGCUGUAAGAAGAUCAGCACCCAAUACUGUUGCGACCAUAAGAAAGCCAUCUGUGGCUGGUGUAGAUCAGACCAACACUUUAAGUGUAAAGUUCAGAUGAUUGUUGAUGUCAAAGAGAUUGAGUACCAGUCCAUGAGUCUGGACAAGUUAAUUAGAACCACUGAGACUCAAUGCAAGCAGUUCGAUCUGGAAGACGACUUUCCGAAGUUUAGAGAGGCUAUUGAUGGGAUCAAGAAAGAGUUUGAGGAAGUUAAAGAGGAGAUUAGCAAAGCUAUGAGGUAUAAGGAGUUCUUAAAAUUUGAAGAGUAUCAAGCCAAGCUUGACCAGAUUAAGACUAAGAUUAGUGAAGACCCCAACAUCAAAGAGGUUAUGAGCUGCUGUUUCAUGCAGAUAGGGUUAAAGCAGAUGCAGAUUGAAGUACUAAAUCAUGAAGAGAGUCCUGUUGAAGAUACUCUUAAGGUUAAAGUAAAGGAAGAUAAGAAAGAGGUAUUUUAUGUAGACCCUAAGAAUGAUCAUAAGACUGAUGAAGAGAAGAAAGAUACCUCAAAGAAACACUUUUUAUUCCAAAGUAAAGGGAUUUUGGAAUCCAAACAAAAAAGCAUCUUUAGUAAAAACCCAGAUAAAGAAAAAUUGGUAAACCUGUUUGACAAAAAGUUGGAAGCCCCUGCCAAUGAAAUCCAAAAGCCACAAAGUGAUUCCAAAAUCUUCACCUUGGAAACAGACCCUAACAUAGCCAAAUCCACCAAAAAUAGCCCCACUACCACCCAAAAACAGCCCAACACAGAAUUAUUCUCUUAACAUUCCCA